ACUGUCUGCUCAAAAUUGUUGAUCUUAUGAGUGUGUCCAAAUCCGGAUCCAGUGGCAUCAUUGGCAGCCUGACUGCAGUUUUAACACUGGCCUGAGUGCUGUGGUUUACUCCCAGAGUGUAGCCCAAGUGGAGAGAGGAUCAGAGACCAGGAGGGCCUGUGUAAAGCUUGAAGGUCAAGAUUUUCCUGUGCCCACGGAACAUUCUGCGUCUCUGCUGAUUAGUGCUGGCUGACAGUCGUUGGAAGAUCAGAUCAAGGACCAAGGUUUUCUCUUCUACUUCUGUCAAUGAGCGAGCAGUAAUGACAGCAGCACCAAAAAGACCAUGACCACAGGUUCAAAGAAAUGAGAAUGGAAAGGGGACCUCUUUCGCUGACAGACUGUCGAGGGAGCACAGAGACCGCUGUUGCCAAACACAUGGAAGAGACUGCACUGGAAUGCUGUAGUAGAGAGAACAACAUGUCACCAGUAGAAGUGGAACAAGAAACUUUGGAUGCUGUGCAGGAUUCCAGUGAGGAGAACUCCUUGAUGAAGCUGCAAACGCUUGACGUUGACCUGUGUUCAGCAUUUUUACCAAGCCCGGAGGAAAGAUCCGCAACGCAGUGCAGCAAGGAGCAAGCCCCCCAGAUAGGUCGAAAUGGGACAGCUGAUGAAGGAAGCAGCGGCGAGCACAGCACCAUCAUUGCCCCCAUUAUUGAUUUCAAAUUAAUGCAUCAACAGAGAGAUAGUGACGAGCCAAUUCCAGCCUUUGAGAGCUGGCAGAGUGAGCUGGAGAAUGGAAGAGAAGCCCAUCGAUCCCUGGGAGCUGACAGAUUGCUGCAUCACGUUGCAGAAGGAGACAAUCCGCUUGUAUCUCCGCGCUGCUCGAGUUUUAGUAAGAGCCAAAGAUUUGUCCUGGACACAGAGGCUGCUCCAUCCCCACCAAGUGCUCAACUCUUCAUCAUGCCAAGAAACUCUUCACUAGUUAAUUCUGAGGCUGAAAAUAGUCCCGUGUUGGUGAUGCAACUAACCAAACAGAUCCAGAAUUUGAGAAAGAAAAUACGGAAAUAUGAAGAAAAAUUUGAGCAAGAGAAGAAAUAUCGGCCCUCCCAUAGUGAUAAAGUUGGUGAUCCAGAAGUCUUGAAGUGGAUGAAUGAUCUAACAAGGGCUCGUAAGCAGUUAAAAGAACUGAAACUGAAGAUCUCCGAGGAGGAGAAUAAUAGACGGCACAGACAUCGAAGCAGUCUGUUGUCUGUAAGCUCCACACAGGACAAAGAGAACAAGCAGCAUGCCACAGAACUGCAGCAGAAGCCAAGUGUUGAAGAAACUGUACAAAUAGUGAUGAAAAAGUUAAAAGAAAAGCAGGAAACGCUUGGCCUUCCAGAAGAUGUUAAGGUAUCCAAGCAGGAAAGACUGCUAAUGAAGCCACUCUAUGACAGAUACCGAAGCAUCCGGCAGCUUCUCUCACCUGUAGCUACAAUUCCCACCAUUGAAGAAGAAGGUUCCGAUGAAGAAACCAUCCUGAAGGGUUGUGAAAUAUCAUGCAGACCAGCAGCUGACUUUCCAUUCCAAGAAUUUGUAGAUGAUGUAGGUCAUCGAGAUGAAGAUCUUGAACCAGGAUUUAUCACCCUGGAUGAAAAGAGGGAUGCUAGGCAACUGACAACUUCACUGUCCAAUUUACACGAAGCCUCCAUGCCUGAACUGUUGGAACAUCUUCGUGAAACUAAAGCAGAGAAAAAGAAACUUCGUAAAACUCUCCGAGAGUUUGAAGAUCAAUUCUACAAACAAACAGGAAGGAACGUACAGAAAGAAGAUCGCAUACCAAUGGCUGAAGAAUACAAUGAGUACAAACACACAAAAGCUAAGCUUCGAUUGUUGGAGGUUCUCAUCACUAAGCUCGAUGGCUCAAAAACUCUACUUAGUUCUUAAAAAAAG